GGGGCGGCGGAAGCCAGCGGAUUCAGGAGGCAGUUGGGAGAAUGCGCAGGGCCUGCCCGGGCGGUUUGGGAUCAGUGCCUCGAAGGACAGGGUUUGGUGGCGCCCGAGUCUCAGUCUGGGGCCGGCUCCACCGCACCGCCCCUGGCACCCAGGCUUCCCGAGUAACACACCUCUUCUGGGCUCGGAGAAAAAAGUCAGCGGGGUAAAAGAAUGGCCAACUCCUUUGCAUCAAAGACCUUCACGGCACUUGCAGAUCUGUAUCCAAAUAUGGCUAACCUGAAAAUAAUUGGUAUAGUUAUUGGGAAAACAGAUGUCAAAGGCUUUCCAGACAGAAAAAAUGUUGGAUCCGAGAGGUACACUUUCAGUUUUACCAUUCGGGACUCACCAGCCCAUUUUGUAAAUGCAGCGUCCUGGGGCAGCGAAGGCUAUAUCAGAUCUCUUUCUGACAGCUUUAGGAUUGGAGAGUGUGUGAUCAUUGAAAAUCCUCUCAUCCAACGAAAGGAAUUAGAAAGAGAAGAAAAAUUCAGCCCGGCAACUCCUGGCAACUGUAAACUAUUGCUCAGUGAGAAUCACUCCACCGUAAAAGUUUGUUCCAGUUAUGAAGUGGACACCAAGCUCCUUGCUCUGAUAUACUUACCUAUUAAAGAGUCUCGUGAUUACUAUUCACUGGGUGAUAUUGUUGCAAAUGGACACAGUCUGGAUGGAAAGAUUAUUAACGUGCUUGCAGCUGUGAGGUCGGUUGGAGAACCAAAAUACUUUACAACUUCAGACCGAAGAAAAGGCCAGAGGUGUGAGGUGAAACUCUAUGAUGAGACGGAGUCUUCUUUUACAAUGACAUGUUGGGAUAAUGAAUCUAUUCUAGUUGCACAGAGCUGGAUGCCACGAGAAACAGUAAUAUUUGCCUCAGAUGUAAGAAUAAGUUUUGACAAAUUUCGGAACUGCAUGACAGCAACAGUAAUCUCAAAAACCAUUAUUACAACUAAUCCAGAUACACCAGAAGCUAACAUCCUGUUGAAUUUUAUAAGAGAGAAUAAAGAAACAAACCCUCUGGAUGGUGAAAUCGACAGUUAUCUGAAAGAUUCCAUAAAUUUAAAUGCAAUAGUUGAUGUCUAUACAGUUGAACAAUUAAAGGUAAAAGCUUUGAAGAAUGAAGGGAAAGCCGACCCUUUCUACGGGAUUCUUUAUGCUCACAUUUCUACACUGAACAUUGAUGGUGCAACCACAACUGUCGUUCGACGCCGAUGCUCGGGCUGUGGAUACGUCAUGAAGGAAGCAUCCGGCACCUGCCUUACUUGCCACCGAGAUUCUUUGGAACUUAAAUCUGUUUUUCUCAGCUUCCACUUGCUAAUUGAUGUCACUGACCACACAGGCACCCUCCAUGCCUGCAGCCUCACGGGAGGUGUUGCAGAGGAGACUUUAGGCUGCACGGUGAAUGAGUUUCUUACGAUGACGGAUGAACAGAAAACAGCGCUGAAGUGGCAAUUUCUUCUGGAGAGAAGCAAACUUUACUUAAAAUUCUUUUUAUCACAUAGAGCAAGGGGUGGACUGAGAGUUAGCGUGCUCUCGUGUAAGCUUGCAGACCCUACUGAGGCAAGCAAGAACUUGUCUGGACAAGGAAAUACUUAAAACAGGGUAUUUUAAACUCUGAACAAGGAUAUGAGCUUCAACUCCCUGGAAAGUGGAAAACGAGUUUGAAGAUUAUGGGUGAAAUUGUAUUUUGUUCAAAUGUGGUAAAAAUGUUUCUAUAAAUUGUUAUUAUGUUACCUUCUGGAGUUGGUUGAGAGGGGUGAAUCUUAAAAUCUCUCAUACAACCCAGCUCCUUUGUCAGAAGUCCUUUUCUUCCAGUUUUGCCCAAGUUGGAAAACGUUUGCAUGAAUUAAUAAACAAGUUUAAUCUUCCCCACA